AUGUCGCAACCACACGGCAUCUACUCAGAGGGCUCCUUCAUGAACCCAGGACCCGCCCCUCGUCCUCCCACCGACCGUCCCCGUCUCGCUCUCACCCCCAACGUUAACAAUGUUGCCGGCAACAUGAGCCAAUUGAGCUUGCAGUCACCUGGUCCUGCCGGUUCCACAACUUCUCUACAGCGCUCCAUGACUGACUUUGGCUCGUCUCGCAAUGAGUCGUCGGCCGUCAAGUCUGGCUGGGCCAAGGUCAAGGAAGAGGGCGGUUUCAUGAAGGGUGUCUUCUGGUCCGAGAAGUUCCUCGUCCUCAGAGAAAAGGCUCUCGACUUCCAAAAGAGCGACACUACCCCCAAGGUCUCCUUCUCCAUCCCUCUCAAGGAUGUCCUCAACAUCACCAGAUCCGAGACCAUCCCCUUUUCCUUCGAGUUGACCCGAGGCACCCCCGGAAACGAGAAGAUGGUCAUCUGCAAGUUCGAGACGGACAACGAUGUCUACGGCUGGAUCGAUGUCAUCUACAACAAGAGCCCCACCAUGGGCGGUGUCAGCCACCCCACCUCGUUCGCCCACCGUAUCCACGUCGGCUUCGACCCCGUCACCGGAGGUUUCGUUGGCCUUCCUGUGGAAUGGCAGAAGCUGCUUAACAGUUCAGCCUUGACCACGGAUGAUAUGGCCAAGAACCCCCAGGCUGUUGUUGAGGCCCUCGAGUUCUACACAAGCAAGCUCCAGAAGAGAGCAGACGACCCCAAGCAAUACCCCAGCCUGACACCCACCCCUCCAAUUGACGCUUACGGCAACAAGCAGUUGGGCCACGGAAACGGCAUUGCUCCUCCCCGUCCCCAACCUCCUUCUGCCUACACGAGAAAGGAGAGCUACAGCUCCACCCGCAACGCCUCGCCCGCCGGUUCGCAGCCAUCGCUCUCGCGCACUAACACCGCGCCCCAGUACGAUUCCCGCAUCGAGGAUGAGCGCAGACGCAAGGAAGACGAGAGACGUAGAAUGCUUGAAAAGCAGCGCGUAUACGAAGAUUCUCAGAGAAGAGAGGCACAAGAGCUGGCAGACUAUAACGCUAGUCUGCCCAAGCACAAGCUGCCCUUGGCUCAGCAAGAAGUUGGCGGUGGCGGCUACUCGAACGACCGUGAUGCCAGCCCUUCUUCGAGAUACCAACCUUCCAGACCCGCUCCCUCUGCACCUUCUCCGUCAAGCCAGAAGGUCAACCCAGUCCGCCAAUUGACAGNNCUCAGCGCCAGGCUCCCACAGCACCAUCUCCCAAUGGCUCAUCUUCCAUUCCCAGACCCAGUCAAUCUUCUCAGAGACAGCACUCUCCCAACAGCCAGAGAAAGCCCAGUGGCCAGGCUGGCGUUCACAUGCCCUCUGGCUCAUCGCAACAGAGAGAACACUCUCCUGCCGCUCCCAAGCCCCNUCAAUGUCGCGUCUAAGCAACCGACUGGCGCGCCCAUGGACCCCAUCAAGAAGGCUGAGAUGGCUCUUACUGCUGCUCCACCUAAGAAGGAGGAACCUAGAAAGGAUGUGCGCAUGUCGAGCAUGACCGAUGCCCAGGUCAUGGAGAAGUUGCGCGAGGUUGUCUCGAAGGAGCGACCCCUCGACUCGUACAACAAGCAGAAGAAGAUUGGUCAGGGUGCUUCUGGAUCCGUCUAUGUUGCUCGUAUCCGCGAAUCUGCCACUUCGCCCACCGCCCGCCAGCAAUUGCGUGAGAACGGUCCUAGAGCCCAAGUUGCUAUCAAGCAGAUGGAUCUCCGCAACCAGCCUCGCAAGGAAUUGAUCGUCAACGAGAUUAUUGUGAUGAAGGACAGCAAGCACCCCAACAUUGUCAACUUCCUCGAUGCUUUCCUUCAGGAGGAGAGCAACGAGCUGUGGGUUGUCAUGGAGUUCAUGGAGGGUGGUGCACUCACCGAUGUCAUUGACAACAACCCCAGUAUCUCCGAGCCCCAGAUUGCCACUAUCUGCCACGAAGGUCUCAUCCACCUUCACCAACAAAACAUCAUUCACCGUGAUAUCAAAUCAGACAAUGUCUUGCUUAGUUCGCGAGGCAAUGUCAAGAUUACUGAUUUCGGUUUCUGUGCCAAGUUGACUGAGCAGCGCAGCAAGCGUGCCACCAUGGUUGGAACCCCCUACUGGAUGGCUCCCGAAGUCGUCAAGCAGAAGGAGUACGGCAGCAAAGUCGACAUCUGGUCUUUGGGUAUCAUGGCCAUCGAGAUGAUCGAGUCCGAGCCUCCAUACCUUAACGAGGAGCCUUUGAAGGCACUCUAUCUGAUCGCCACCAACGGCACACCACGUCUGAAGAAGCCUGAAGCCCUUAGCAAGGAACUGAAGAGCUUCUUGAGCGUCUGCUUGUGUGUUGAUGUCAAAUCUCGUGCCACUGCCGAGGAGCUUGGUAGACACGACUUCCUUAAGACGGGCUGCAACCCCAACAUGCUCGCCGAGCUUCUGAGAUUCAGAAAGCAGAGUGGCCACUGA